ACAUUAUUUAACGCGAACUAAUUCCACGCGUAGAUAGUUCCAACGAAAGACUUUCGUAUUUCAUUUAUACGUUAAUUUUUACAAUGUAGUAUCAGUUCGUAGUAGAUGAGUUUCGGUCGAAUAGUUACAAUUAAAAUGUGUAACGUUAAAUAGUCGUGACGUGAUCUUUCACUUCGACGACGUGCAGAUAAAAAUGUUUUGUCAACUUGGUUUCAACGUGUAAAGUUUAAAGAUACGCAACGAAAGUUUUUUCAAGUACAAUGUGUCGCGGGUACUCGAUGGAACUACGUACGGUCCUGUGUAUUCGCGCGGUCCGAUCACGCUGUGGCGCUGGAGAGGGGAGGGCCCGUCAACUAUGGCCGGCGCAGGCCACGAAAGAAAUGUGGCAGCGCGUUUCGUUUAGUACGGACUUAGACUGCUCUAAGCGGCGGUCGUGUACGCCGGUGUCCGAUAAUAAAGACGGCGACGAGGACGACGAAGAGAAUAAGAUACGCGAGGAAGAAUAUUACGAAGUUGGCAGCGAGAAGGCAACGACGAGAAGCAUCAAAAGAAAGAAAGAAAGACGAAGAAGAAGGAUCGUGCGAGAAGGGGAAGAAGAAGGAAGAAAAGAGAAGACGUGAUAACUCGCUGGUAGAGAGAGAGAGAGAGAGAGAGAGAGAGAGAGAGAGAGAGAGAGAGAGAGAGACAGUGUUCGUCGCUGGACCGUGGAACACUCUCGGUCUUCUUCUUCUUCUUCUUUCUUCGUCUGGCGUUGACGACACACGCGUGUGCCUGCUUCUUCUUUAAGACGAUACUUACGCCUACGUGCGUGAACCGGAUGUUCGUUGAAUGAGAAUAAACAUUUUUACGAAUAUUGUCGAGAAUAUACCAUAAAGAAUAAAUGGAACACGGUAUAUGGUAAGCUACGUGAAAAGCACGUGUUUUCUCCUCCCUCCCUUUCCCUUCUCUAUCUCUUUCUCUCUCUCACACACACUGUCUCCUUCUCUCUCUCUCUCUCUCUCUCUCUCUGUCUCUCUCCGAGAGAACGAGCGAGUGUAGCCGCGCGCGCGCGCGCGCUCUGCAAGUUUCGCGCGAAAACGAGCCGCGGAUAGCUUCACGGUGGUCGCGCGAUAUUUCAAAACAGUCCUCGCGUGUGCGCCGCGCGGCUCGUGUCGGUGUGAAUCGAGAAGAAGGAGAGAGACGAGAGAGUGAGAGUGAGAUAGUAAGAGACAGAUAGAGGGAGAAAGAAACAGAGGGAGAGAGAGAGAGAGAAAAGAAGAGGAAGAAGGAGAAGGGUUAGCAUAAAGAUGAAGCGGUAGUGGAGGGGUGGGGGGUUGUACUCAAGUCGGUCGCGGUGGAAGGGAGGAAGAAAAGAGAGGUGCAGGUUCGUAUUUACGCUCGAGCAGCGGUACGAGCAGCUAAUCUAUAAGCGGGAGCGCGCUCUUUCUCUUUCGUUCUCUUCGCGUACGACGACGUCUUCUUUACUACGCACGCUUGGCGCGCGUCAACUUUGUUGUUUUAUCCCUCGUUAACUCGUGUUUCCCAAGUUGCAUUUUUUUUAUCUUCCUUUCUUCCUUCCUACCUUUCAUUCAUUCGUUCAUUCUUUACUUUUUCUUCCGUAUUAUUCCUCGACGUUCGGGUUUGAUUUCGUGUAAAAACGGUGCAAUUGCAGUUGUGUUUUGUUCAACGGAGUGCAAACUUUUGUAUAGUGUGUAAGAGAAUAAUAAUAAUAAUAAUAAUAAUAAUAAUAAUAAUAAUAAUAAUAAUAACAAUAAUUAUAAAGAAGAAAAAGAAGAAGGAAGAGGAAGAAGAAGAAGGAAAAGAAUUAGAAUAUACAUACGAUUCACACGAAAAGGCCAAGAGAAGAAGAAAAGAAAAAGUGAGAACAACUAAUCCAGAACAGUUUUGUGAGAUAUAUAUAUACACACACACACAUAAAUAUAUACACACGUACAUAUAUAUAUAUAUAAUCCUUUGGCCGUUAGAAGAGGUUAUCUUUUUCGCGUGUUACCGCGAGAAUAUUCUCGUGUUACGUCACGUCGCACGUCACGUUAAGGUAGACAUUCCUGACAUAUUUGGCGGGAAUUUGAAUUUAUCGAUUGGGACGAGCCAGAAUUUCGUCGAUUUGUAUCUCACGUACUCGUUUAUGCGAUUUUCUCUUAUAACCGAGAAAGGACGACUUUCCACGAAAUAACUAAACCUUAAGAAAACCUUUGGGUCUCCUCCUUUAUCCCCACCCCCUACACCCCCGUGUAUAAGACACGUGGAGACGGUGGAGGUGGAGAAAGAAGUGGAGGUGGAGGAGGACGGCGGGAGGAGGGCGGGAGGUGGCGGUGGUGGUGGGAAGAGGAGGAGGAGGAGAAGGAGGUGGAAGAAGAAGGGGAUAUUAAAAAUAGUUACACAGAGCGACGUGCCGGGGCGAAUGCAUGACGGAUCAUGGUUUCUGCGUCCGGCCCAACAGGGAUCCUAGCGGGACGCCCUUCCGUCUUGCAGACGUCGUCGUCCUCUUCCUCGUCGACGAACACGGCUACGACGACGACGACGACGACGUCGACGACGACGACGGCGACGACGACUAUUACUACUACGAGUUUAGCCACGCCAUUAAAUGGGAAUGUUCAUCGUUGCGAAAAUAAUUUCGCUAAGGCCAUCGCCGAAAGCAACAAACGACGUCACGAGUCUGAUUUAUACGUCAGACCGAGCUGGACCGACGCCGCCAUCGCCUUGGAUCAACUCGAAAAGGGCAAGGCGGAAGGACAGAGGUCAGCAGUAUGGAUCAGAGCUCGAUUGCAGGACCAGCUGAGUCAGCUUGGCUACUUCCUGCAAAGGCACGCGGGAAAGGUCCUCUUCGUCGCUAUACUAGCAUUGGCUACCUUUUGCGUCGCAUUAAAAUCGGCACAAGUACACAGCAAGGUCGAACAGCUUUGGGUUCAAGAAGGUGGAAGAUUACAAAAAGAAUUAAAGUACGCGUCAGAAGCACUUGGAGAGGCCGCACCAUCGACGCAUCAGCUCGUUAUCCAAACCCCAAGACAUCCCGGGGCAAACAUCCUACAUCCUGCCGCGUUGAAAGAACAUUUGGCAAUUCUCAAGGCAGCUACUCAGGCCACCGUACAUCUCUUCGAUAUCACGUGGAGACUGAAAGACAUGUGUUACGCGCCGAGCAUACCCAACUUCGACAUGCACUACAUCGACCAGAUCUUCGAUAGUAUCAUACCAUGCGCGAUCAUAACACCUUUGGAUUGUUUUUGGGAAGGAAGCAAACUUUUAGGCCCUGAACAUCCCGUUCACAUACCUGGUGCAAAAACGAACAAGCCCGUCCAAUGGACCAAUCUCAAUCCAUCCGGUAUGUUGGACGAGAUGAAAAAACUGCAAUUCAUGUUUCCCUUCAAAACGCUUGAGGACUACAUGAAGAGAGCUGGGAUAACGAAUGCCUACCAAAGCAAACCUUGCCUCGAUCCAACGGAUCCUGAGUGUCCGGAAACCGCACCCAACAAGAAGUCGCAGCAGGAACCGGACAUAGGAGCCGAACUAACCGGUGGUUGUUACGGAUUCGCGGCGAAGUACAUGCAUUGGCCCGAAGAAUUAGUCGUCGGUGGUGCGAAACACAACAAGACUGGUCACUUAACCCGAGCAGCAGCCUUGCAAACGGUCGUUCAAUUGAUGGGCGAACGAGAACUCUACGAUUUUUUGGCUAAUACCUACAAGGUACAUCAUAUAGAUUGGUCGCAAGAAAAGGCUUCUCAGGUGCUUGAAACAUGGCAAAGAGAAUUCAGCAAUAAGGUGAAGAAACAUUUGGAAAUAAACAGUACGUCGUCGUACAAUCUCUACGCCUUCAGUACUACGACCAUGAACGAUAUACUUGGAAAGUACAGCGAGGUGUCCGUUAUGAAAAUAGGGAUUGGAUGCGCUUUGAUGUUGUUUUACGCGGGUAUUGCACUUUUACGUUGGAAGGAUCCAGUACGCUCUCAAUCUGGCGUUGGAAUAGCCGGUGUGAUGUUGGUCGGUGCAACGGUCGCUGCUGGUUUAGGAUUUUGUGCCUUACUUGGUAUCCCCUUUAAUGCCGCCACGACGCAAAUAGUCCCGUUUCUAGCGUUAGGUCUCGGCGUUCACGAUAUGUUCCUAUUGACGCACACGUAUGCAGAGUUAUCGGUGAAUGAGGUGCCGAGCGGAGAACAGACCGGGGUCGUUCUCAAGAGAACGGGUCUCUCUGUUCUCUUGACCGGCUUGAGCAACGUCUCGGCCUUCUUUGCUGCGGCCUUGAUACCGAUCCCCGCUCUUCGAGUAUUUUGCCUUCAAGCUGGCAUUCUUCUUCUCUUCAAUCUUGCUGCAAUGUUACUCGUAUUUCCCGCUAUGGUCAGUUUAGAUCUAAGAAGACGUAGAUCCGGUAGAUCCGAUAUAUUGUGUUGCUGUUUGCCAGCGAAAAACGGAAGGAAUAAAUAUUCCGGCAGGAGAAGUAACGGCACGGCCAAACAAACCGUAGCGAGAGCUAUACCACCGGAAAGACGGGAAACUUGUACGCAAAUUUUGACGUCUCAAAAUGCUCAGAGCGAGUCCUGGGUCGGCGGUAACAUCAUAGACGCUGAUUUCGACAAACAGUGUACCGAGGAGGAAUCCUUAACCGGAUGCAGUCAAGACGACUGUCUUAGUUUCUCUUUGACGAAAUUUGCGGCUAAGACUUAUGCCCCGUUCGUGAUGAAACCAGCGACGAAGGUUUUCGGCAUGUUUAUACUAGCUGCCGUGCUCGCCGGUAGUGUUUGGCAAGCGAUGAGAGUGAGCGACGGAUUGGAACUAACAGAUUUGGUUCCUCAAAAUUCGAACGAGCAUGCCUUUCUCGCGGCCCAGGCCAAACACUUUGGAUUUUACAACAUGUACGCGGUCACUGGACGAGAUUUCGAGUAUCCGAAUAACCAAAAACUGUUAUACGAGUAUCACGACGCUUUUAUGAGAAUAAAAAAUGUCAUUAAGAACGACAAUGGAGGUUUGCCGGAAUUCUGGCUUAGUCUCUUCAGAGAUUGGCUCAAGGGAUUGCAGAAUGCUUUCGACAAGGAUUAUAAAAAUGGUUGUAUUACUCAAGAAAGAUGGUACAAGAAUGCGAGUGACGAGGCGAUUCUGGCGUACAAGUUGCUCGUACAAACGGGCCAUGUAGAUAAUCCGAUUGAUAAGACUUUAAUCACGCAAGUAAGACUCGUCGAUUCUGAGGGGAUCAUUCAUCCACGUGCUUUUUAUAAUUAUUUGAGUGCAUGGGCUUCCAACGACGCUUUGGUUUACGGUGCUUCUCAGGCGAAUCUUAGGCCCGAACCAAGACAAUGGAUCUAUACCAACGAUCACGAGUUAAAAAUACCGAAGAGUAUGCCUUUGACUUACGCGCAAAUGCCCUUUUAUCUUCACAAACUUACCGAUACUCAGGAGAUCACGGAAUUAAUAGGAAGCGUAAGGAAAUUGUGUAGGAAAUUCGAAGAACGUGGACUACCUAAUUUUCCAUCGGGAAUACCUUUCUUAUUCUGGGAACAAUAUAUGGAUCUAAGAAGUUGUUUGGGUGUAGCGUUGCUCGCAGCACUUGGAGCCAGUAUUGUCGUUAUCGGUAUACUCCUUUUAAAUCUUUGGGCUGCGCUUUUGGUGGGAACUGCUCUUGCUGGCGUCGUUUUACAACUCCUUGGACUUAUGGGACUUUGUGAAAUUAAAUUGAGCGCCGUUCCUGCCGUCCUUCUUGUUGUCAGUGUCGGAAUAGCUGUACACUUUACCGUACAUAUUUGUUUGAGUUUUGUUACAAGCGUUGGCAGUAGAGACAGGAGGGUACGUUUGGCUUUAGAACACAUGUAUGCUCCUGUUGUUCAUGGAGCCUUCACAACGCUGUUGGCAGUCGUCAUGUUAGCUUUUUCGGACUUUGAAUUCAUUGUUCGAUAUUUCUUCCUCGUACUUCUAUCUUUGAUUGGAAUCGGCCUUGUCAAUGGACUGUUCUUUUUUCCAAUAUUAUUGUCUCUGAUCGGUCCUUCACCCGAGAUUAUACCGAAUGAUCAUCCUGAUCGAAUAUCCACACCAACACCUCCGGCUUCUCCGAUCAUUAGAAGAUCGAAACCACCACCGCCACCUAGAAGAUCUCAUAAAAUUGAUAACGCGAGACUGCACGCAGAACCUUCGCUAACUACCAUCACCGAGGAACCUAAUUCCUGGCACAGUACACAAGAAUCGUGUAUUAUCGUCCAGCCUGAAUUAAAGGUCGAGACGAUGUCAACUUGUGGUAAUCAGAAUUGUAGCGGAUCAGAUACAAGUGGAUCUAGUCGAACGUCGCCUGUGCCAUCAACUUCUCACAUCACGACUAAGGUCACUGCCACAGCUAACAUAAAGGUUGAAGUUCAUACACCAUUGACCAUAGGUGGAAUGGAUCGUAGUGAAAAAUGCCAGCACGCCAGCACCAGUAGCCGAAGGAGCUCGCGCUGCAAUGCGAACGUUAAUACAGGGGAGUCUUCCGGUUCCAAUUCUGAACCGGAUUCUGACACUAAUCCGAACAAACACUAAUGACAAAUAUCGUGAAGACAAGCAAAUGUUGCUAAAAUACCACACAAAGCGGGAACACACAGAAGGCUGACUAGGAUAGACUUUUUACUAUAUCUUUUUUAUUAUUAUUAUUAUUAUUAUUAUUAUUAUUAUUAUUAUUAUUAUUAUUUCUUAUAAUUAAGUAAUGCAAUAGAUUUGUCUUACUUAAUUCUUAAAGCGGAAAAAGUAUUAUAAAAACAAACUUACGUUAAACUGAUUCAUUAUCCAUGACUGCUCAUUGUAACAUGCAGUAAUCAUAUGCAUUGUAUAUACAUGUUUUCAUGGGAGCAUUUAUGUUUAUAUGUAUAACGCAUUUAAAAUAUGGCAGCAGCAACAGCAGCAGUAGCAGCAGCAGUAAGCUUUUAUUCUUAAUGUACAGCAUAUUUGUAUGAACGGCUGCUUUUUUAAAAGUUAUAUCCAUUGUAUGACAAUUUUUAAGACCAAGAAUAUGUACAAGGGGAUUUUCUUAGAUUUAUUCAACGAAUAACGUCUGAAUGAGUGUGUCUCUUAUAUAAAACGAGGUGCAUUAAUAAUACUUUUUAGAAACAUCUACACUCUAUUACUUUGCCGAACUUUCUUUUCCGUAUAUUUUCUGUUACGUUUUCGUUCCUAUCAUAUAAAAAAAAAAAAUAUAUCAUUUUGUAAGCGCAAUGUUUACAUGCAUAUGAGAACGACUAAACACAAAUAAACACUGCCCAAUAAGAAAAGAAAACUCGGUAAAAUGAAAGAAGAAAAUCCCCAAUAAGUAUCAUUAAUGCACCUCCUUUUACACUAGGAAGUACAAUUAAUUUUAUAUAAAUGUAGAAUGAAUUUAUUUAUAUAAACAAAGAUGUUUACUGCCAAUUUCUUAUUUUACAUGUAACAAGGACUGAAAUUUCUUUGAUGGUAUAUAUAGAUAUUAACAGUCAAAACUGUAAUACAAAGUCGAUAAGUUUUUUUUUUUGCCUUUGAUAGAUACAUACACCGUCGUAUUUCAUAAAAAAAAAAACAAA